UUCGAGCUCGUCGAUUGACCGCGGAAGAUCUGACGGCUGGAUGGGGAGGUCACGUUUUGUCGGAUGGAUACUUACGCUCUUCCGAAGAUCGGAAUGAAAAAUUAUUUGGAUCCAAUUUUUGAAACGGGAUUAUUUCUUUAUCGACGAAUUCGCGGCAUGCAGUCCCGAUCCAAGUUAUGGCUUGCAUUUUCAGGAUGAAAGAGGUCUCUGCGAGUCCCGUGGAAUCCCGCGGGUUGAUUAUAUAUAUUUGUAAAUUUAAAAAUAGAACUCCAACGCGGCGCGAAUUGAGGGAUAGAUCGUCUAAAAUUAAAUCCUACCGCCCAGGUCAGGAUGCCGGUUAAAUCAGCUGAACAAGAAGUACGCAGCGGUGGUGGGUCGAUCCGAUAAAAUAAAUUAUAGAAAGGAGGAGGAUGACGUCCUCCGAGGAUCCGGAUCCCUUUUACAGAGCCCGUUGCUCCGCAGAAACAUUGCAAUCUGGUAGCAAAGGUUUUUUCCGUGACUUUAGUGAAAGUGUAAUAGAAGUUGCGGGUGCCACUUGGAUAUCGAAGAUAUUCGGCAAGCUUGAAACGGACGAGGAUCGUUUGAGGAGCGUUUUCACCGAUCAAAAAAUAAAUGGCACUGUACUACAGACGCUCAGACAUGUCAAGGAAUUGUACAGGGACAAGGACGCCGGAAUUUCAAAAGCCAAAAGGCUGGAAGGGCUGCAAAAUAUGAAAGCCAAUCGGCUGAAUCGCGCUUUACUUUUGCUGAGUCAAGCUGUGCUCAGAGCCCCGUCAAACGGAAAAGACAAGACGACGGAUGAAGGGUUUACUUUAACUCUGGCCCUGAUCGCGAGGGCGGAAAUUUUUAUGGCGCAAAAAAAAUAUCGAUUCGCACUGGAGGAUCUGAAAUUAGCAACUGCGGAAGGUGAACCCGAUUGGCUCAGAGCUCAGCUGUACCGGAUGAUGGGUGUUUGCCAGAGGAAUAUUGGAGAAAUUGACAAGGCCAAGGUUUGUCUGGAGCUAGCCAGAAGGUUUUUGGGACCGGAACAAGUCGGAGAACGACUGACUUUGCUCAAAGAAAUCGACGCGCUCAAGGCGCCGGUCGCGACGAACGUAGAAGCGAGCAAAAAACCGGGCCCGAUCGUACCACCCCAAUUGACGGGUGGUUCCAAUUCUUCGUUUCCAAAACUCUCGAAGCUCGUAAAGAUCGAGGAAACGGAAAUGACCGGGAGAUACGCGGCGUCAGCCGAAGAGAUUCGAGUCGGUGAUACUUUGGCGGUGGAACUUCCACUGGCUGCUUGUCUCGUACCAGAAAAUUACGGAUCUCAUUGUCAGCAUUGUUUCGCGAGACUGAUUGCCCCGGUCGGAUGUCCGAAUUGCAGCAGCGUUGCUUUUUGCGGAAUAAAAUGCCGAGACGAAGCUCUGGCGACGUACCAUAAAUUCGAGUGCAAGAUUUUGGCGCUUCUCGUAGGAUCGGGAAUGAGCGUCCUCAGCACGGUGGCUUUGAGGAUGAUAACGCAGGACGGGCUGAAAAAAUCUUUGGAAACUUGGAUGGAGCUGAAAGGGAAAUUUUCCGGAACAAAACCGCAGUUGGAAACAUCCGAGGAGACGGUUACAAAACUGAGUAAAUCUGCUAAGCGACGACAGAGAAAAAAAAAAUUGAAAGAAAGCGAAUCGUUGAAAACACCUAGCGAUCACGACGAUCCCACCGAGCCGGAGAAUGACGACAAAAAAUGCUACGAAACGGUAAACCCGAUCGAUUAUUUGGUAACUCACGCGGACAGGCGACCGCCGGAAGACUUUUUGCAGAGAUCCCUGAUGGCAGCUUUUCUUGUAAAAUGUCUGCAGAGGGUUGGAUUUUUCGAAAAUCCGUCAAAAUUGAACGAACCUCCGAGUGAUGAGGAGAUCGCGGUGGGCGCUUUGCUUCUUCGGUACUUACAAUUCUUGCAAUUCAAUGCGCACGAAAUAUUCGAGACGCGGAUCGGUAACGAGCACAGAUUCCGGGGUAGUAAACAACUGUACACGGGUGUCGCGAUUUACCCAUCGGUAGCUUUGUUCAAUCACGAUUGUUAUCCGGCAGUGACGAGAUACUUCGUCGGCAAGAGCAUCGUGAUAAGAGCAACGCGUCCUUUGAAACCAGGUGAACCAGUCGCUGAGAAUUACGGGCCAAUUUUUACAAAAAGAACCCUAAUGGACAGGCAAAGAUCGUUAGCGUCGAGAUACUGGUUCAGAUGUCAAUGCACGGCAUGUAAAGAGGAUUGGCAGACAUUUAAGACCCUGUCAAACGAUUCGACGCGAUUGAGAUGUCCAACGGAGGGCUGCAGCAGAGUUUUAUCCCAGCCUCGAGAUCCGAGUAAAAUGGUGAAGUGUCCGGGUUGUCAAUUAAAAGUUAAUUUAGCAGAAAAUCUAGCUAAACUUCGCGAAUGCGAGAUGAAGUACACUCAAGGUUUAGCAACUAUGGAGGCGGAACGCUCGGCAGAAGCCGUUGACGAGCUUUCAAAAGUUCUCAACGAAUUUCAUCGAAUCGCCGCACCGCCGCAUCGAGACACUCACCUAGCUGAAAUUGGAAUUGCGGCGUGCAUGGCGGAUUCCGGAAACACUUGGAAACCACUCCAGAUGGAAAGCUACGAAUAAUUUUCAAAUGAAAAAUUUUUCUCCGUCGAUAGAAAUCAAGUCAAAUUUCAACUAUGCACAGUGUCAUGGAUAUGAAUAUGGUCAACUUAUUGUAAAUAUAAUACACGAACAAGGGAGCAUAUAGAGCAGAGGGGUUUUCUUAAUGAAUUAAUAUUAGAAAACCAACGUUCUAAAAAAAACUUUCCAAAAAUUUGCUUUUCGUUUUUCGAUUUUUUUGGAUCGUUUAUUUUCAUUUUUUAUUCUUUUUUUUUAUAAUGCACAUGUUUCGUGAAAAAAUUAAAUUCCAUAUAUGAAAAUUAGCAUUUAUAGGAUUUUAUGAUCACCACCAUCAUUAUCAUCAUCAUUAUCAUCAUAAUAAUUAUCAUGUUUCGGUACAAAAAUUCACUGGGCGAAAACGGAUAUCAUGUGUUCAUCAUUCGAUGGAUUGUGAGCGACCACAUAUUUGAAGAUCGAUUUAUAUUAAUUGAUAUUUAUUCAAUAGUCAAUCGUCUUGAAUGAUAUAUAAUUAGCUUCCUCAAAAAUCAUCGUUAACAAAUUUCGUUCAGACAUUGAACUUUCAGCUUUCAUUUUAUUUCAUUUUGAAAAAUUUUUUUGCUUAUUUCUUUCAAGUUUCGAUUUUUUAUAUUUUAUUUUUUUUUCGACAUAUUUUUUGGUUUUUUUCUCUUAUUACAAUUGUUGCUGUUACUUUAUUCUUCCAUUAUUCAUUUCAAGAGCUAAGAGAGAAUGAAAUUUUUCUUUUUUCGUUUUUUCAAACUUAAUUCGGAUUAAUUGACCGUUGCAGUAUUAUUGCAAUCAUUUCAUGUAUUGUUGUUGUUUUAAUACUACUUAAUGAUAAGAAUCAAUUCAAGAAUUUGUU